UUUCAGUUGAGCCUUUGGAGAUUACCCAGAACAAGCACGGAUAAUCAGCCAGACGGAAGGAUAAACAUUUUAAAAAAUGAUUUUUCGUUAUAACCACUGAAUAUGAUUUUUCACGAUAUUACACUCUGUAAAUUUAUUACUUGUAUAGAUGUUGGCCUUCAGAAGUAAUUACUAAGCAAGUAUUCGGUUAAUGUCCAUAAUCUCUUGAACUUAAGACUUUAAUGCAUAGUUGGAGACAAAUUCAAAUACAUACCUACUUGGUAUAGAGGUAAUUUUGGCUCGGAACAUCUUACGAGACGCGUAGAACACAAUUUUAGGUGUAGCUUAACUUUAGUAAUAGACUCUUUUGUUCACAUACUGAUUUGAAAAUCAACUUUAUAAAAUCUUUUAUACGAAGUAAACUUCACAAAGUUAGUGCGACAAACUAGUUGUACGUUAGCAAAAAAUGCAGCAAAAAACAUGAGAACGAAAUAGUUGGUAAGAAGUCUUUUUUAUAAAAGACGAUAUAGGCUACGCUAAUUCCGUAACAUUAAAAAAACAAUGUAUCAAAAUGUCUUCAAGACAAAUUGCAUUACUUCUAAAGCAAGGAAAAUUAAAAUGCUAUCGCCUAUUGUAAUUGAUGAAACUUUCAAAAAACCAUUUGGUAUAAUGAAUAAACUACCGCUUCAUCUUGAUGUCUUAUGUUGUUUUGUUCGGGAUCACUCACUCAACUUGAUGUUUUAAAAUAUUUAAAAUAAAUUCAUUUGCAAAUUGAUGGGUAUUACUAUAACAUUUACAAUAUACGACCUAAACCCAAACCGUAAGUUUAAAAGAAAGUUUUAAUAUUCAUAAAGGUAAAGAUUCUAUCCCAAGACCAGUCAAGUCUACUUAUUGCAAAAGUUUUUCAAUGAGAAAAUAAUUACAUAGUGCUUAAGUUGUUUUCAGUGAAAACUAUGUGUCUGCCAGGCAGCACACAGCAUUAGUGAGGUACAAUUGGUUGUUUGAACUUCAAAACAAAUAUUUUUAUAGUUUACAUUUUUAAAUUACUUAACGGAUUCGAUAAUGAUUCAGCACUAUAAGUUAAGUAAUUCAGAUCAGUGAAGGUGGUGACGUGUGCGCCGGCCGCGGCCCGUCGCCCUCUCGACGUCGCCGAGGGGCGAGUGGACGCGAUGUAAGAAAGUAAUUGUUUGGCUCGAGCAGAAGCAAUCUCUCGCUGCCGCGGGAACGCGCCAUAUAAAAGCCUCUCUGUGCACUUGUUGCUCGAUAGUUUUUACUCGCACUUCGAACGCACACUUCAUUUCUCCGCUAUGAAGUUACUGAAAUGUAUUACUCUACUAUGUUGCACAUGCAUAGCUUUCGCCUCUGAACACAAGCACAUAAUCCCCGUGGAGAACUACGACACAGAACUUCAGGAUCUGGGUCAGCAUGUGGAGAUACCGGAAACUCCUGUUAGAGUUGUAAAAAUUACAAAGACCAUCGCUGUUAAAAUUCCCGUACCCUAUCCCGUGAAAGUAUUGGAAAAAGUACCUUAUCCAGUGCACGUGUCAAAACCGUAUCCUGUGCCAGUCCCGCAGAUCGUCAAGGUGCCUCAUGUGAUUACUUCAAAGGACAAACUCGGCCACGAAGCAUUGGACAGUCCUUACCAGGGCCACGGUCAAUUCGGUGGAAACGCUUACCAAGUACAAGAACAUGCAUCUGAUGGGUACGGUCCUGACUCUGAAAAUGUAUAUCACGGUGACGGAGGUUACGGAAGCGGAUCACAAGCAGCCGGCGACGAGCACUCGCAGCAAAGCUCCAACGAAGAGUUCGCGGGCGGCCUCUACGAACACCCCGCCAACCACGAACAUGUUAACGCAUUCGAUUCCAGUAGUUACGAUCAAGCUAUUAAAAACUAUUUAGAAAAUCAUGGUUCUGGUAAUCAAGCAUCUGUGUCACAUUAUUAAUUUAAAUGAAAAUGUAUAAAUCUCUGACGAACAUUAUGUAAACAUGUACAUAAUUACCGUUUUUGUAUCUGUGAUCUUCAGAAAUAACUAUAAAACUCUUUGUAUUAGUGUUUGAUAAGCCAAACCGUUCCAAACAUAAUGCCCAAAUAGUCUGAUUCUUAUGUUUUGUUGUUGCUACAUGUGUAUGUACUAAUGAUAAGUUGUUAUUUAUAGUGUGAUCGGUGUUGCGUCGCUUGUAUAUAUGAGAAAUACAAAAUAUAAAAACCAAAACGUUUUUUAUUAUGACGUAAGAAAUCUAUAAACUUUGCAUAUCCAAAUUAACUGUAUACCAUAAUAAACUAUAUAAAUGUCAAAAAUAUAAUAAUAAAAUGUAGAGAAACGCGUCUAGCGUCAUUGCGCCCCACGAUCGGACGAAGCGCUGCGGAAUACAAGGAAAACCCGAACAUUCCGACACAUUACAAUAAAUAAAGUACAAAUACUUUCCUUCCGCAUGGCAAGAAAGGUUUGCACUCAUAAAAUGAUUAU